CCGCCGACCAUGAGCGAGGACAGCCGCGGAGACAGCCGCGCCGAGAGCGCCAAGGACCUGGAGAAGCAGCUCCGCCUGCGCGUGUGCGUGCUCAGCGAGCUCCAGAAGACCGAGCGGGACUAUGUGGGCACGCUGGAGUUCUUGGUGUCGGCAUUCUUACAGCGAAUGAACCAGUGUGCAGCAUCAAAAGUUGACAAAAAUGUGACAGAAGAAACAGUGAAGAUGUUGUUCUCAAACAUUGAAGACAUCCUUGCAGUACAUAAAGAAUUCUUAAAAGUCGUGGAAGAAUGCUUACACCCCGAACCUAAUGCUCAACAAGAAGUGGGAACCUGCUUUCUUCACUUUAAAGACAAGUUUCGUAUCUAUGAUGAAUAUUGUAGUAACCAUGAGAAGGCACAAAAAUUACUUCUUGAACUCAACAAAAUAAGAACAAUCCGGACAUUUCUUUUGAACUGCAUGCUGCUUGGAGGACGGAAGAACACAGAUGUUCCCUUGGAAGGAUAUUUAGUAACACCAAUACAAAGAAUAUGCAAGUACCCUCUUAUUUUGAAGGAGUUGCUGAAGCGGACUCCGCGGAAACACAGUGACUAUGCAGCAGUGGUGGAAGCCCUCCAAGCCAUGAAAGCUGUCUGUUCCAACAUAAACGAGGCCAAGAGACAGAUGGAGAAGCUAGAAGUUUUAGAGGAAUGGCAGUCUCACAUUGAAGGCUGGGAGGGGUCCAACAUCACUGACACCUGCACUGAAAUGCUAAUGUGUGGAGUCUUACUGAAAAUUUCUUCUGGAAAUAUUCAAGAGCGGGUGUUUUUUCUUUUCGAUAAUCUUUUGGUGUACUGCAAAAGAAAACACAGACGGUUGAAGAACAGCAAGGCAUCUACAGAUGGACAUCGGUACCUUUUUCGUGGCAGGAUCAACACGGAGGUGAUGGAAGUGGAGAAUGUGGAUGAUGGCACCGCUGAUUUCCAUAGCAGUGGACACAUUGUUGUUAAUGGAUGGAAGAUACAUAACACAGCAAAAAAUAAAUGGUUUGUUUGUAUGGCAAAAACGCCUGAAGAGAAGCAUGAAUGGUUUGAAGCUAUUUUGAAAGAAAGAGAACGGCGGAAAGGUUUAAAAUUAGGAAUGGAGCAAGAUACCUGGGUCAUGAUCUCUGAACAGGGUGAGAAACUUUAUAAAAUGAUGUGCAGACAAGGAAAUCUGAUCAAAGACAGAAAAAGGAAACUGACUACGUUCCCUAAAUGCUUUCUUGGAAGCGAAUUUGUGUCAUGGCUGUUGGAAAUUGGAGAGAUUCACAGGCCUGAGGAAGGUGUGCACUUGGGACAAGCAUUAUUAGAAAAUGGAAUCAUUCACCAUGUUACUGAUAAACAUCAGUUCAAGCCAGAACAGAUGUUAUAUAGAUUUCGCUAUGAUGAUGGAACAUUUUAUCCAAGAAAUGAGAUGCAGGACGUGAUUUCAAAGGGUGUAAGAUUAUAUUGUCGUCUUCAUAGCCUUUUUACUCCAGUGAUAAGAGAUAAAGAUUACCAUUUAAGGACCUACAAAUCUGUGGUCAUGGCCAACAAACUGAUAGACUGGUUAAUUGCACAGGGAGAUUGCCGCACCAGAGAAGAGGCAAUGAUAUUUGGCGUUGGACUCUGUGACAAUGGAUUUAUGCACCAUGUCCUUGAAAAAAGCGAAUUCAAAGAUGAACCCCUACUUUUCCGUUUUUUUUCGGAUGAGGAAAUGGAAGGAUCAAAUAUGAAACAUCGACUUAUGAAACAUGACUUAAAAGUUGUGGAAAAUGUCAUAGCUAAGUCAUUAUUGAUUAAAUCCAAUGAAGGCAGCUAUGGCUUUGGGCUAGAAGACAAAAAUAAAGUUCCAAUAAUAAAGUUGGUAGAAAAGGGAUCUAAUGCUGAGAUGGCUGGCAUGGAAGUCGGGAAAAAGAUUUUUGCUAUUAAUGGUGACCUAGUUUUUAUGAGACCUUUCAAUGAAGUGGAUUGCUUCCUGAAAUCUUGUUUAAACAGCAGAAAACCUCUAAGAGUUCUUGUGAGCACAAAGCCAAGAGAGACAGUGAAAAUUCCAGAUUCGGCUGAUGGACUUGGCUUCCAGAUCCGAGGAUUUGGCCCUUCUGUUGUGCAUGCUGUAGGAAGAGGAACUGUGGCUGCAGCAGCUGGUCUUCACCCUGGACAGUGUAUUAUCAAGGUGAACGGAAUCAACGUCAGCAAAGAGACACAUGCCAGUGUCAUUGCACAUGUUACAGCCUGCAGGAAGUACAGGCGGCCAAUGAAGCAAGAUUCCAUACAAUGGGUUUAUAAUAGCAUUGAGAGUGCUCAAGAAGACCUUCAAAAAUCUCACUCCAAGCCUCCUGGGGAUGAAGCAGGGGAUGCUUUUGACUGUAAAGUAGAAGAGGUUAUUGACAAAUUCAACACUAUGGCCAUCAUUGAUGGGAAGAAGGAGCAUGUGAGUCUGACAGUGGACAAUGUCCACCUGGAAUAUGGUGUCGUGUAUGAGUACGACAGCACAGCUGGCAUCAAAUGCAAUGUGGUGGAAAAGAUGAUUGAGCCCAAAGGUUUCUUCAGCUUAACUGCCAAGAUUCUUGAAGCCCUGGCUAAAAGUGAUGAGCAUUUUGUACAAAACUGUACCAGCCUAAAUUCUCUAAAUGAAGUGAUUCCUACUGACCUUCAGAGUAAAUUCAGUGCCCUUUGCAGUGAAAGAAUUGAACAUAUAUGUCAGAGAAUAUCCAGUUAUAAAAAGUUUUCUCGUGUAUUGAAGAAUAGAGCCUGGCCUACUUUUAAACAGGCCAAAUCUAAAAUCUCCCCACUGCACAGCAGUGAUUUCUGCCCUACCAACUGCCAUGUCAACGUGAUGGAAGUUUCUUAUCCCAAAACAUCAACCUCUUUGGGAAGUGCAUUUGGUGUUCAGUUGGAUAGUAGGAAGCAUAAUUCUCAGGAUAAAGAAAACAAAUCUUUGGAGCAAGGGAAACUGAGCCCUAUGGUGUACAUUCAGCACACCAUCACAACCAUGGCGGCCCCCUCAGGUCUGUCUCUGGGACAGCAGGAUGGCCAUGGCCUCAGGUAUCUGCUAAAAGAAGAAGACUUAGAAACCCAAGACAUCUAUCAGAAACUGCUGGGCAAACUUCAGACUGCACUGAAAGAGGUGGAGAUGUGUGUUUGUCAAAUAGAUGACCUUCUGUCUUCAAUAACAUAUUCUCCUAAAUUAGAACGUAAGACAUCAGAGGGCAUAAUACCAACAGACAGUGACAAUGAGAAGGGAGAAAGAAACAGCAAACGGGUGUGUUUUAAUGUAGCAGGAGAUGAACAGGAAGAUUCUGGUCAUGAUACCAUCAGCAACAGAGACUCUUACAGUGACUGCAACAGCAAUAGGAAUUCCAUCGCCUCCUUCACCAGCAUCUGCAGCAGCCAGUGCAGCUCGUAUUUCCACAGUGAUGAAAUGGACUCAGGUGAUGAACUUCCCCUAAGUGUUCGCAUAUCUCAUGAUAAACAGGACAAGAUACAUAGUUGCCUUGAGCAUCUUUUCAGCCAGGUGGAUUCAAUUACCAAUCUCCUAAAAGGGCAGGCUGUCGUGAGGGCCUUUGACCAAACCAAGUAUCUCACUCCAGGCCGAGGAUUGCAAGAAUUUCAACAGGAAAUGGAACCAAAAUUGAGUUGUCCAAAAAGGCUACGGCUUCAUAUCAAGCAAGAUCCUUGGAAUCUUCCCAGCAGCGUCCGGACUCUUGCUCAGAACAUCAGGAAAUUUGUUGAAGAGGUAAAGUGUAGGAUACUCCUGGCUCUUCUUGAAUAUUCAGAUAGUGAGACACAGCUCCGUAGAGACAUGGUUUUCUGCCAGACUCUUGUGGCCACUGUCUGUGCCUUCUCUGAGCAGCUCAUGGCAGCCUUGAACCAGAUGUUUGACAACAGCAAGGAAAAUGAGAUGGAAACUUGGGAAGCCAGCAGGAGGUGGCUGGACCAGAUAGCGAAUGCAGGUGUUCUUUUUCACUUUCAGUCACUUCUGUCACCAAACUUGACAGAUGAACAAGCCAUGUUAGAAGAUACGCUGGUUGCACUAUUUGAUUUGGAAAAGGUUUCCUUUUACUUUAAACCAUCAGAAGAGGAACCCCUGGUUGCAAAUGUUCCUCUUACAUAUCAAGCAGAAGGAAGUCGGCAAGCUCUGAAAGUUUACUUCUACGUCGAUAGUUAUCAUUUUGAACAACUUCCUCAACGGUUGAAAAAUGGAGGAGGGUUUAAAAUUCAUCCUGUUCUUUUUGCACAAGCCCUGGAGAGCAUGGAAGGAUAUUAUUACAGAGACAAUGUUUCUGUGGAAGAAUUUCAAGCUCAGAUAAAUGCAACCUCACUGGAAAAGGUCAAACAGUACAACCAGAAGCUCAGGGCAUUCUACCUGGACAAGUCAAAUUCACCACCAAACUCCACAUCCAAAGCUGCCUAUGUAGAUAAGCUAAUGAGGCCACUCAACGCUUUGGAUGAACUUUACCGACUGGUAGCCUCGUUUAUCAGAUCCAAGCGCACAGCUGCCUGUGCAAACACAGCUUGCAGUGCCUCUGGGGUUGGACUGCUGUCAGUUUCCUCGGAGCUGUGCAACAGGCUAGGCGCCUGCCACGUCAUCAUGUGCAGCAGCGGUGUGCAUCGGUGCACCCUGAGCGUGACGCUGGAGCAAGCCAUCAUUCUGGCCAGAAGCCAUGGACUGCCACCUCGCUACAUCAUGCAGGCUACAGAUGUGAUGCGGAAGCAGGGAGCAAGAGUUCAGAACACAGCGAAGAAUUUGGGAGUCAGAGACCGGACCCCACAGUCUGCACCAAGGCUGUACAAGCUGUGCGAGCCGCCUCCCCCAGCUGGAGAAGAAUGAAAAGAAUUCCCAAGAAACCAGGCAGGCAGAAGCUCCUGAAUGCUGGACUAGACAAACUACAUGUUGGCUAAACAUUCUCCACUGAAGAUAAAUCAAUGCUUUUUUUUUUUUUCUGUAAAUCUUUCUCCCCAUUGCAAACAAGUAGUGUUCAGUUUACACUUGGAUAUUUAUGCUGGAAAUGGAUAGAAGUUCAGAGAGUUCAGCUUCACAAACUGAUGUCUCUGUGUAUUGACAUUAAGUAUUCACUUUUAGAGUAAAAUCCAUCCCUUGAACAUAAAGAAAAAAAUAUUAGAGAUUUAAA